GGAACGAUUAUUUAAAUUGGAUACAAUCGUUGUAAACAUUUACUUAUUGAACAUUGCAUUCGCUGGUAACACUGUCCUAGCACGCACGUCACUGUUGUGGGGCUCCAUGAGCUGUCAGACGAUUCGCAAAAUCUGAGAAUCGAAUUAAAUAAGUUUUCUUGAACAAAAAUGGCUAAUAAAACCGACAGCAGCCCUAGAAUCAGCACAGAAAAGGUCCCCUUAGAGACUGAUGAAGGUAUAAUGGAGAGUGAAGAACGGAAAUGGGGCAUACCUUUAAAAGACAUGUAUAAACAAGGGCUCGCCUUCUACAAAGAUAAGGAAGGUAAAGCUCUACACCUAAGCUAUGAAGACAGGUUAAAGCUUGUAGCUUACACCCAGCAGGCGGCACAUGGCACUUUGGACCUGAAUUCUGCUCCACCAUUGGGAGUUCUGGAUGUGAUAGGGCGAGACCGGCGGGCAGCAUGGCAUGCACUUGGCAACAUGUCUCAAGUACAAGCAAUGGCAGGCUUCUUACACACUCUAGAAAGAUUAUGCCCUUUGUUUAAACCAUAUGUGGAAGCAAUACAAAAGGAUUUCGAGGCUAAGAAACAACAUGAGGAAAAGAAGCAAAUAGAGGAAAAAGCAACCACAGAUCUCCAAAAUAGAAUAAUAGAAGAGAAACAAAAGCAACAAAGUACCAAAUUAACUGAAGAGCAGCAAGUUCAGAAAAUCAAAGAUGCUCUUAAUGCCCAAACAUAUGACCAAUUCUUACAAUACGCACAACAACAGUUCCCUGGAAACUUUGACCAGCAAGCCAUCCUUAUCAGGCAGCUGCAGGACCAGCACUACCAGCAGUACAUCCAGCAGCUGGCGGUGGACCAGAGGCUCGCCAACUCGAAUAUAAAGACCUCGGACAGUUUGGACAAGGAUAACGGGAAUGAUGAGAGGAAUGAGGAUAGCGGUGAUUGGGACACAUCGGAUCUGGAUAAUAAACCUGAGGACGAGGGAACAGAUCUUUUGGCGCACAAAGAAGAAACAAAAGCUGAUGAAGAAUCAGAUUAUGAUGACAUAUUCCCGCCCGUAGAAGAAGCGAACAUGUGGACGCGAGGCGAAAUAAGCGUUUUCAAAGAGUCGGCCCGCGCGGGUGGCGGGCGGCUCACAGUCGGCCACGGCGAGACCGUGACCGUCCGCGUGCCCACGCACCAGCGCGCCAAGUGCCUCUGCUGGGAGUUCGCCACCGACAACUAUGAUAUAGGUUUCGGUUUAUACUUCGAGUGGAGUAAAUCGCCAACGAGCGAAGUGACUGUCCACGUCUCAGAGAGCGAUGACGAAGACGACGCCGAUGACGACGGUUAUGGAGAUGAAGAAUACACAGUGACGGAGGGAGGCCUGGACCCGGAGGUGGGCCCGGAGCGGCGCGCGCUGCAGCAGCAGCGGCCGCCGGUCAGCAUCGUCGUGCCCAUCUUCCGCCGGGACUGCCACACUGAGGUAUACGCUGGUUCGCAUACGUACCCCGGCGAAGGAGUCUAUCUACUAAAAUUCGACAACACAUACAGCUUAUGGCGAUCAAAAACUCUUUACUACAAAGUAUACUACACGCAGUAAAAAAUAACUUAUUUUAAUAGAACCAUGACAAAUUAUAAAAGGAAAUCGUUUUUAAAGAUUGUUUAUAAUUAAUCAAGUUAUGUGACUUACUCAUUCUGCCAGUAUUUAUGAUGAUUUCUAGCAAAAGGUAUAAUUUUUUGGUUGGCAAAACUUACGAUGCAUAUUUAUGCGAGUUUAGACUUGACUGAGAACGACACAUUUGUUAAUAUAGUUAUGAAGUGCAAUAUGAAUUAAAUGAUUAAUAAUGAGUUUCAUUCAGAACUUAUUUAAAUGUCAAAAGGUAAUGCAGAUGGGAAAACUGAAAUACUUAAUCUUCUAGUCCUGAUACAAUUUUCAUAUAGCCUAUAGCGAGGAUCUUAUAUUUAAACUGGAUUCUGUCUGGGACAUAUUUUUGAAGUGAAAACUUCUUUAGCGGCGCUGUGCACUUUUUGUGAUGGGGAAAAAAUGUUAAACUCGCGUCAGGGCGUCAGGUGUCACGUGACCGUCAGAUUGAAAACUCCCGGAGUGCAACCCGUUGUUUUUUUUUUUCAUUCAUGUCUAUGAGGCACGUAGCGUUGUAUGAAGGCUUAACCUCUUUAUUAAUUUACUCUUCUCUACUCAAAUCCUAGUUAGCAAUAUUACUCUCUGGUUUAACAAAACAUGUAAAAAAUAGAGGGGUUUAAUAAUUUAAAAAAAAAACUGCUUAAUCCUUUUCCAUGCCGUACCAAUAUAGAGUGGUUUAGAGAGAGUUAUUUUUUGUGAAAUUCUAGGGUGCCGUACCCAAAGAAGGUACUAAAACGGAACCCUAUUACUAAGACUCCGCUGUCCGUCCGUCUGUCUGUCACCAGGUUGUAUCUCAUGAACCGUGAUAGCUAGACAAUUGAAAUUUUCACAGAUGAUGUAUUUCUGUUGCCGCUAUACCAACAAAUACUAAAAAGUACGGAACCCUCGGUGGGAAAUUUUUACCUAAAUAUAAGUGCUAAGGUAUAAAUUCUAUUGAUGCCCACUUGGUUGAAAUGUAUUCUACGCCUGGAAAAAUAAUAUGGAUGAAACAUAAUUCAACGUGGUGUGGUCUCGUAUCAAUAUAAGAGACUGUUUGUUUCUAAAUAAAGAAAAUGAAAUGAAAAUGAAAAUCAAUAUCAAAUGAUCUACGCAACUGAAAAUGAAGAACGAUUUUAUUAUGUUUAGCUUUGUAAUAUAUUUAAAUUGUUCCUACGUAGUUUAAUGUAUUUUAAUAUUUCUUAAUCGUGGUAGCCAUCGUAAAGGUUACCAUUGGGUUAUUCCCAGUAUUACCACUAGAGAGUGCUCCUGGUACUGGUUUUCUAUACAAACAGUACCGGAACCGGGAAUCCCCGGUUCUCGCCAUACAAACUCGGUACCAGGAGUAUUGCCUAAUUACCACCAAGUUUAUACCGCUGGUAACAGCUGCGGAAAAAAAAUCUGUAUUUAAAUAAAUAAAUAAGACUAUCUGAGAUGUUCUUGGCAGUAACAGUCAAUAAAAAUCCCAGUUGUUACGAGCUAUUACAACUUAUAGAUAACAGGUGGGAUUAACCCUUACCAUUCGCCUAAUUAGUCCAGGUCUCAAUACACUUACACUUAGUUUAAUCACUGCACAUUUCUGCCACUUACAUAAUUAUAAUCUUCAUUAGGUACAUUGAUGCUUCAGCAUAUCCACCAUUAUAAUCGUUUUAAUACUAUGUUCUCGUAAAAUAAUGAACCAAAUUUGAUCUCGUUUCCAAUCGCACAAAUGGUGGAUAUACUGCGGUGUGUUUCCGUCACAAUUAAUGGACAAAAAUUAUUUGCCAGGAAAUCUUCUAAUUUAGGCACUAACAGUAACAAUCAUAACUGACCAUUUGCUGUUUACAAAUAUCUAUGUGAUUUCCAAAACGUUUAACAAUGCUUUGUUAAAUUUGAUGCUGUUUACACCUUUACGAGAUAUUUCUGAUAUUUAAACGUUAAAUAUGCGAAUUAGCUUGUUCUAGUUUUACUUUGCCAUAAGGUAAAGUUUUGUGGCCAGAGGUAUCCUGUAUAUUACGAGUAAAAACUAUCAAGUAUUAUAAGUAACGAGGUAAAACUUUAUUUAUAAAACAUGGUUACCCGCAUCAGUUGAUAGCCUUUAGCGUCGUGCUGAUUAAAAAGGGACUUUGAAGUAACUGGCGCUUACGUUACGGUGGCUCGUAUUUGUAUCUUCAUAAUACAAAUGCGAAGCAUAUUAAUUAAUAAUGGUGUAAGCGCGAAGCUCUCCCAUGGUUCCUUUUUUCUUGUAACGACACAUUAAGUGUAAUUCAAUAGAGUCAGGUAACGAAAGUAACGGAACGGUAGACGAGGAAAAUCCACCAAUAGGAGGGUAUUCUCUUACAACUUCGCUAGCUCUCUCAUAUCUGGUGGAUAAUCGCCCUUAAAGCCACGAAUAUGAACCGAGAAUUUAAUGCUGAUUGUAUACAUAUUUUUACGUACCGGAUAAAAGGGAUAUACGAGUAGAUAUAUUUACAGAGGGUAUUGGUGUGGUAUAUAUGUGCCAUUAGGGGAACAAAACACAUUUGAAUGUAUAUUUUGAAUUGGUUUUACUUGCCGAGAUUUAUUACAAUAUAUUUAACCCUUACACCGUCUGUUGGCAUGGCACAUUUAUAAUAACAUCUCUGUACCUACUACAAGACAGUUUCUUUGCCAUAUGCCGUAAAUACUUAUUGGAGUUUUAGCGAUGUGGUACGAACGCCAGCUAUAACUACUUUCGGCAUCAUUGGCGUUUAGAGGGUUGACAUUGUUUUUAUAACUUCGCUGUUCAUUGGGAUUCUUGAACUGAUUGAGAUACUAAAAAUAAUCUUACAUAAAAAUAUUGUCAUGCCUGUAAUUUGGAAUUACUAUGCAACUGGCAAAGGCACCAAAAUACGUUAAAUAUAGAUUAUUUUUUAAGAAGCAGAAACGUCUGCGAACGAUGCUAUUAAGCUUAGAAUAAAUUUAACACAUUCACUGCCGGGAACCCACCUGGUGGGCGCUCGUGAACUUUGUUCAGAUGCCGGACAACCCGCUGGGCGGGUUGUUUUGUACGCAGCUAUAGACCACCGGUUUCUGGGGUAGUGCGCCGUUUUUUGUCUGGCAGUGAAUGUGUUAAAAGUGGAAAAAUUACUGUCAUAGGUGAGACUUGAACUCCAGAGGCCGUGAGUUCAAGUCUCAACCAAGACAGUAAUUUUAAAAAUAGUAAUUUAAAAUUGAAAAAAUUACUGUCUUGUGUGAGACUUGAACUCCAGAAGCCAUCUAAGAAGUGUCACGUUCUUACGGUAGAUGUCGCUAGGGUCCCCUAGACCCAUAUGGUGGAAAAUUUGCUGCCUAUAGCUGAGGUCUUGGUGGCUCAGAUGGCAGAGCGCUGGAGUAUCGAUCCAGAGGCCGUGAGUUCAAGUCUCACCCAAGACAGUAAUUUUUCCACUUUUAAAUUUACGUUAAAUAUAAACAAAAAAUUUCGAGUUCAGACAAAAAACAGCAUAUGUAAUCAAAGAAUAUGGCAAUUUCAACACUGAAAAUUCAGGAUUUAACCAUUAAAGGAAUCCCUUAUAAAUCUGUGUUCUAAUAAGAUUUAUUUAUUGACUAGUAUUUAGUAAAAUGAUCGUAUAGUAUUAUCAAUAGCAUUUUUAACGUAUAGUGAUGUUAGUUGCAUAUUAUACAUGAAUGUUAGAACUUAGCAUUGUGUUACAUGUAAUUAAUAACUGUAUAAUUUGAUUAUUUUGUUGGAUUAUAUUGUGUAAAAUUUAUGUCUUGUGUAGAUCAGGUCUAAGAAUAUUUACAACCAUUGUGCAAUGAAAAAUAUAUUAUAAUAAUUAUUGUUAUGUCCCUCCCAGUGUCUAUAAAAGUUCCGAGACAAUUAUUUAAUAAAUUAUAAUACAUA